AUGGCAUAGGUAAUGAGACUCUCACUCACCCAUGUGUGUCUCCCACAGGCCACUACCAUGUACUAUCCUGAAUGUAUCUUCAAGAAGGAGCAAGCCAUGUGCCUGGAGGAGAUCCAGAAGGCAAACGACCUCAUGGGCUUGAACGGCUCGUCCCCUGACUGUCCUGGAAUGUGGGACAACAUCACGUGCUGGAAGCCUGCUUAUGUGGGUGAGAUAGUCCGCAUCAGCUGCCCUGAAGUGUUCCAGAUCUUAAGUCCAGACCAAGUUUGGUUCACCCAACUUCUUGGGGGGCCUGGUUAUGCAACACUGAGUUCUCUCUUAACUUCAGGCAGAAAGGUGGUAACGAGAAACUGCACGGAGAAUGGCUGGUCAGAGCCACACCCUCUGUACGAUGUGGCUUGUUUAUUUGGGGACUAUGAAAACGAGACUGGGGACCAGGACUACUACUACCUGUCUGUGAAGGCCCUGUACACAGUGGGCUACAGCACAUCUCUUGUCGCCCUCACCACUGCCAUGGUCAUCCUGUGUCGCUUCCGGAAGCUGCACUGCACUCGUAACUUCAUCCACAUGAACCUUUUUGUGUCCUUCAUGCUGAGGGCCAUCUCCGUCUUCAUCAAGGACUGGAUCCUGUAUGCAGAACAGGACACCCACCACUGCUUCAUCUCCACCGUGGAGUGCAAGGCCAUCAUGGUUUUCUUCCACUACUGCGUGGUGUCCAACUACUUCUGGCUGUUCAUUGAGGGCCUGUACCUCUUCACCCUGCUAGUGGAGACCUUCUUCCCUGAGAGAAGAUACUUCUACUGGUACACAAUUAUUGGCUGGGGUACCCCAACUGUAUGUGUGACGGUGUGGGCUGUGCUGAGAUUCUACUUCGAUGACACGGGCUGCUGGGAUAUGAACGACAACACGGCUCUGUGGUGGGUCAUCAAAGGCCCUGUGGUUGGUUUGAUAAUGAUUAACUUUGUGCUUUUCAUUGGCAUCAUCGUCAUCCUUGUGCAGAAACUUCAGUCUCCAGACAUGGGAGGCAACGAGUCCAGCAUCUACUUCAGCUGCGUGCAGAAAUGCUACUGCAAGCCACAGCGGGCUCAGCAGCACUCUUGCAGGAUGUCAGAACUGUCCGCCAUUACUCUACGACUAGCGCGCUCCACUCUGCUGCUCAUCCCGCUGUUUGGAAUCCACUACACGGUCUUCGCCUUCUCCCCUGAGAAUGUCAGCAAGAGGGAGAGACUCAUCUUCGAGCUGGGGCUGGGCUCCUUCCAGGGUUUCGUGGUGGCUGUUCUCUAUUGUUUUCUGAAUGGAGAGGUGCAGGCAGAGAUCAAGCGUAAAUGGCGGAGCUGGAAGGUGAACCGCUAUUUCACCAUGGACUUCAAACACCGGCACCCAUCCCUGGCCAGCAGUGGGGUGAACGGGGGCACCCAGCUCUCCAUCCUGAGCAAGAGUAGCUCCCAGAUCCGCAUGUCGGGCCUCCCGGCUGACAACCUGGCCACCUGA